AUUUUAAAAAGAGAAGUGUGUGAGUCCGAUUUUGUAAUCUCACACCCUUUACUCUGACCUUGUUCUGAUCUGUGUGCGGGUGCUCUUCUUGUGUUCUGCUUCACUCACUCACCACUCAAUGUGUUGUUGUUGUUGUUGAUGUCUAAUACGAAACUGUCCCCGCCUAUGAAGAAGGCGAAAUCCAUCGACUCCAAGAACGCCGCCGCCUCCGCCUCCGAUGACCCCAAUGCGCCUGCUCUCAUCGCCGCCAAUUUGUCCCGCAAGAAAGCCACUCCUCCCCAUCCCCCCAAGAAGUUCCUCAUUAGGUUCCACAAAGGUGUACCAACAUUGCCCCCAAAUUUUGAGGAGGAAACAUGGGCAAAAUUGAAGUCAGCUAUUGGUGCUAUAUUUAUGAAGCAACCUGUUUCCUGUGACUUGGAGAAUCUUUAUCAGGCUGUGAAUGAUCUUUGCCUUUACAAAAUGGGGGGAAAUCUUUAUCAACGAAUUACAAAGGAGUGUGAAGAGCAUAUAUCUGUGGCACUGCAGUCUUUAGUUGGCCAAAGCCCAGAUUUGAUUGUUUUUCUAUCCCUAGUUGAGAGGUGUUGGCAGGAUCUUUGUGACCAACUGUUGAUGAUUCGUGGUAUAGCCUUGUUUCUGGAUAGGACCUAUGUGAAACAAACAACAAAUGUACGGUCAUUAUGGGACAUGGGUUUGCAACUUUUCAGCAAACAUCUUUCUCUAUCUUCAGAAGUAGAACAUAAAACUGUUACUGGUCUUCUCCGUAUGAUCGAAAGUGAAAGAUCAGGCGAAUCAGUGGAUAGAACUCUUCUAAAUCAUCUUUUGAAGAUGUUUACUGCUCUGGGAAUUUAUGUAGAAACCUUUGAGAAGCCAUUCCUUGAGUGCACAUCCGAAUUUUAUGCUGCGGAAGUUAUGAAAUACAUGCAGCAAUCAGAUGCUCCAGAUUACUUGAAGCAUGUUGAGACAAGAUUGCAAGAGGAACAUGAAAGAUGUUUGUUGUACUUGGAUGCAAGUACUAGGAAACCAUUGAUAGGGAUUGCAGAAAAGCAGCUUCUUGAACGUCAUAUACCUGCCAUUCUUGAUAAGGGUUUUAUUAUGCUUAUGGAUGGGAAUCGUAUUGAAGACCUUCAGAGAAUGCACUCACUCUUUUCAAGGGUCAAUGCCCUUGAAUCACUGAAGCAGGCCCUUAGUUCAUACAUUAGGAGAACUGGGCAGGGCAUUGUUAUGGAUGAGGAGAAAGAUAAAGAUAUGGUCUCAUCCCUUCUUGAAUUUAAGGCUUCUCUUGACACAAUAUGGGAAGAAAGCUUUUUCAAGAAUGAAUCUUUCAGCAAUUCAAUUAAAGAUGCAUUUGAAUAUCUUAUCAAUCUUCGUCAGAACCGACCUGCAGAGUUGAUUGCCAAGUUUUUGGAUGAGAAACUUCGUGCAGGUAAUAAGGGUACUUCUGAAGAGGAACUAGAGGCUACACUUGAUAAAGUCCUGGUGUUAUUCAGGUUCAUUCAGGGCAAGGAUGUAUUUGAAGCAUUCUAUAAGAAAGAUCUUGCUAAAAGACUGCUUUUAGGAAAGAGUGCUUCUAUUGACGGUGAGAAAUCUAUGAUCUCCAAGUUGAAGACUGAGUGUGGCAGCCAGUUCACAAACAAACUGGAAGGAAUGUUUAAGGACAUUGAAUUAUCAAAAGAAAUAAAUGAGUCAUUCAAACAGUCAUCACAGGCGAGGUCAAAACUUGCAUCAGGGAUUGAAAUGAGUGUUCAUGUUUUAACCACAGGGUAUUGGCCAACAUAUCCCCCCAUUGAUGUUAGACUUCCUCAUGAAUUGAAUGUUUACCAGGAUAUUUUCAAAGAGUUCUAUCUAAGCAAAUACAGUGGAAGACAUCUGAUGUGGCAAAAUUCACUAGGUCACUGUGUCUUGAAGGCAGAGUUUCCCAAAGGAAGAAAGGAGUUGGCUGUGUCCCUAUUUCAGACUGUUGUUCUAAUGUUAUUCAAUGAUGCUGAGAAGUUAAGUCUUCAAGAUAUCAAAGAUGCUACUGGUAUUGAGGACAAGGAACUGAGACGGAUUCUGCAAUCACUAGCUUGUGGUAAAGUUCGUGUCCUACAAAAGAUGCCCAAAGGAAGAGAUGUGGAGGACGAUGACUCAUUUGUUUUUAAUGAUGGGUUUACAGCUCCUCUUUACCGUAUAAAGGUGAAUGCAAUUCAAUUGAAGGAGACAGUCGAGGAGAACACAAGCACCACCGAAAGAGUUUUCCAAGACCGUCAGUAUCAGAUUGAUGCUGCUCUUGUGAGGAUAAUGAAGACUAGAAAAGUGCUUAGUCACACCCUUCUUAUUACUGAACUCUUCCAACAGCUGAAAUUCCCAAUAAAACCAGCUGAUUUGAAAAAAAGGAUUGAAAGCCUCAUUGACAGGGAGUAUCUAGAGAGGGACAAGAGCAAUCCUCAAAUAUACAAUUACCUCGCAUAGCAUAUUCUGCGUUAUUUUACAAUUAAAUUUUCUUUUGUAAAUGACAUGGGAGAGAGGGUUUGAUGUUCAAUCCCUUGUUAUAUGUACAGUAAGCAAGAAGGGUUUCUUUUUAAUCUUUUCCACCCUUUCAUUGAUGGCAACUGUACUGUAAUUAUAAAAGCAUGUUUAUUCUCUUUUAAGUUUUACUAUUUUCUUCAAAUUAAAAGUCACUGACCCAAACCCAUACACAAACAUUUGGAUCAAAUUUAAUGAUAAAUAUUAUAAGUUAUUAGUCA